AGUGAAUUGUCCAAUAGAACUACAGAAUAUGUUAAACUUCCGAUCGAAACCAACGUACAUGAAUGUUCUUCGCGCAUAUUCUUGUCCAAACCACCACCUGCAACACGUUGCUUUCAUUAAGCUUAUUGAAAUAUCCGAAUGGCAGAACUGUGUGGUAUACAAAGAAGCAAAUUUUAUCUUCUUGUGUAUAAUAUUAUUUUUCUGCUUUCAGGAAUAACAGUUUUGGUUGUUGGAGGUUACAUCACAAAUGACGUUGUUUACUAUGGACAUUUUAUGGAACCGAGACUUGCUAUUCCUCCAGUUGUAUUGGUUAUUGCUGGAAUCAUUGUCUUCAUUUCCGCUUCCUGUGGAUGCUUUGGAACUGUCAGAGAAAGUUUCACCUUUCUAAUGGUGUUUUGCAUUGGAUUGCUGAUGAUAUUCAUAAUGGAGUUGGCAGUAGGAGUUACAGCGUGGUCUUACAGAAAAAACUUCAGCGACAUAAUGAGUCAGAAAUUCACCACAUCAAUGUAUGACUACAAAGAGGUUGACGUGAAAGCAUGGGAUGUUAUUCAAGAGAAGUUGCAAUGCUGUGGACGAUUCGAUUUCAAAGACUGGUAUGUCAUAGAAAAGUUCCGUAACAACAAAACGUUUCCCCUCACCUGUUGUAUGGGACUCAAUGCAGGUGAAUCUUGUUCUACUCUCGUCAUUUCCAAGAUUCAUGAUAUGGGAUGCUUUAGUGCACUGGAUAAUCGAGUUAAAAUUGAAGCGAUUGUUCUCAUUUGCAUUGGAAUUCUUAUCGCUAUAGUAGAGCUUUUUGGAAUCAGCCUUUCAUGCCGUUUUGCAACAUCAAUUAGGAGAAGAGAAAGAGCGAAAUUCGAAGAUAUGUAAAGCUUUUAUGGCAACUCGGAUAAAUUUUAGAUUAUAUUUUAACCUGAAAUGAUACUAGUGUUGCAUUCGAUCUGAAGUUUUUUUUUCAAGUUUUGACUCUUCCAUGACAAGCAAUAUGACAGUCUUUGGGGAGCAGGCCGUAGUUGUGACCCUCACAGUAUCGGAUAUUUUAAGGUAUCCUAUGAACGUCCUAGAGAUAUCAUUUGGUCCAUAGGACUUAUUGAAUAUUCGGUUGCUGUUAGUGGUAGAUCUUAUUAAAAUAAAUGACGAAGUGUCGAAAUCGUCUCACACAGCACAGUAUAAUACAUCGAGUUUACAGAAAGCAUACAUGUAGAGUUGCGAUAACUUAACAAGUUAAGCUUACAGUAACAAGCUUACUUCUUACAGUUUGCUUACCUCGUUAGCUUGUCACGGCCUUACCAUGUAAGCUUACCCCAACCUAGCCAUGCAAGUUUACGACGACUAUACAUGUAUGUUUACAGUGAAGCGGACAUUUUAAGCUAUGAGGCUGUACCAGUGGGACACUUUCAAAAAAUCGAUUUUUCGGCUUAUUCAAUAGUUUAUACUUUCAAAAAUAUCCUGUGAAAGAGGCAAGGUCAUAUCUUAAAUAGUUUUUGAAUGACAGCGUUCUAAGGGGCCGUCCGUAAACUACGUUACCAAUUUUUCAUUCUUUUUAGACCCCCUUCCUCCUAAAAUAGGUAACGUAGUUUAUAUAUCUUGAAUAUAUUUACUAUACAAUGUCCUAUGAUCUUUUUGAUUGGUUGAAAAUUGUCAAUUUGGCAUUAAAAAACGACCAUUUUUUACCCAAAAAAACGACUGUUUUUUCAGAAUUACGCCAUUUUGUUAAUUUUUGAUAUUUCUCAAAAAUCGUAGGUCAUUGUAUAGCAAAUACCUUCAACGUUAAGAACCUUUUUGAAUUUCUUAGUUUCAGCUACUCAUUCGGUCGGAAUCAUGUCAGCAGUUGGGGAACAUUUCUUUUGCCACCUCCGAAGACAGCACAUAACUCCGUUAUUUUUCAAUAUUUUCGUAAAAAAAAUCUUAAAAUAUAGCUCAAAAUAAACCUUAUUAUGUCCAAAAAACUUCAAAACAUUUUAUCCAGUACUUUCUUUUAAAGAAAUUCACACACGUCGCCUAAUUUUUCAUGGAUUACACUGGUAUAGGCCCUUAACAGUAUUUCUACUGACAGUUUACGAUGUUACCUUGCAAUUCUUAAAUGUAAGCUUUCUAAACUCGUUGUAAUAUACUGUGCUUUGUAGGGUAUUUUAUUGCGUAAAAUAAAAAAUUAUGUUUUCAAAAAAUAUUGUAUAAUUUGGGAUGUAAAUAUUUGUAAAUAAUACAAAAUUUUAUAAAAAAGCAGUGAUAUUUUGAAAAAUAUAGUGUAUUGCAGUUAGAGUAAUAGAGCUAUGUUAUUAACAGCUGAUGCAACCAAUGCGCGAGCAACCUUGAUAACAGUUAUUUUUAUAAAAAAAUAUAAUUAAUUGUUUUAAAUAUAAACAAAUAUAUUAUAUCUACAUUUUAAGAAAUUAUAAUACAGUUUGUUCUUAAAUACUGGAUUUAUUUUAAUUAUCUUGCAAUUCUAUUUGCCCAUCGCACUGCAGUUUUGAUAUUGCCACAUAUUAUACGUGACUCAUACCAAGGGAAAAUGUGUAGCUAUUUUUGAAUUUUAUAUUAAUAAUAGUGGGAAUAGCUGUUUUUUGAACUGUGCGAUAUCUGUCAAUAAUGUUCAAAAAAGUUAUUGAGUUACACUUUUAUUCAAGGGGUAAAAUUCCUGUAGCGUAUUAAGUAAAAAAAGUUUGUCAGAUCGGGCUGUUACUUACACAUAGUUUAGCCUUAUAGGUGAGUACUUUAAACAGAAAAAUGAAAAAAAUUUGACCUAUAUGUUUUUGAAAGGUUUUUCCUGCUCUUUCGAAUGGUGCACAAAAAAUUUCAAAAAAUUCAAAAUUUUACCCUUUUUUGAAAAUAAAAAUUUGUUUACUUUUUUUUAAGAUCGGUCUUCUUUUAGUUAAAUGUG